AUGGCCACCAACCCGGAUGCAGAUGCUUUUUUCGACGCGGAAGAGAACCACGCGGCAGUGGCAUCCGUUUCGGUCAAGCUACCGGAAUUUUGGCGAAGCGAUCCAGCAAUGUGGUUUGCUCAAGCCGAGGCCCAGUUCGCUCUGGCUAGGGUGACCACGGACGGCACCAAGUACAACCACAUUAUUGCCAAAGUGGAUCAAACCGUCUUGCGCCAUGUCUCGGACAUCGUGGCGGACCCUCCGGUAAACGGCAAAUACGACGCCAUCAAGGCCAGACUCUUGAGCCGCUUCGAAAUGUCCGCGCAAGAGAAGCUGGAAAAGCUGUUGAACGCGUGCGAUUUGGGCGACAUGAAACCAACGCACCUGCUGCUUGCCAAGAUGCAAGACCUGGCAUCGGGGCUCAAGGUGGACGAAAACCUCAUGAAGAUGCUGUUCCUGAACCGGCUGCCGCCGAACAUUCGACCGAUCCUGUCUAUCCACGACGGUACACUCGCCAAGUUAACCGAGAUGGGGGACAAAAUGGUUGACUCCGGCCACUCCCACGUUGCGGCCACGCAGGCUGCUGCUCCCAACAGUGACAACAUCAGCGAGCAGCUGGCGUACCUAAAAGCCGAGAUCCGGAAGCUCAAGACGUCCAGCGGCAGCCGGAGCCGAUCGACCUCGCGCGCCCGUUCCACCAGCGAGGAACGAACCCGCGACCUGUGCUGGUACCACUUUAAGUACGGCGACCGAGCCCGGCAAUGCCGCGAACCGUGCAAGUUUUCCGGCUCGGACGUAUCGAUCAUUCCCGCCACCGCCAAGGAAAAGACCCAGCAACCGAUCCCGUUUCUGCUCCACGCUGCAAACAACACCAACAUUCGAACGUUUGCCACCAAAUUUUGGCAUACCAAUUUGGGCUUGCGUCGGAAUUUUUCGUGGAACUUUCUAGUUGCCGACGUUGGUGUGGCAAUCAUCGGAGCGGACAUCCUCUCGUUCUUCGGGCUGGUGGUUGAUCUUAAAAAUCGGCACCUCAUCGAUUCGACAACGAACCUCAAGGCUUUGGGGGGCAUUGAGUGCUCGCCUUUGUGCGGAGUGACAACAAUCAACUCGGACCACACGUUCAAAGAGCUUCUUGCCGAGUUUCAGGCGAUCACCCGACCAUCGACACUGCGAGCGGACAUCCGGCAUGAUGUCCAACACCACAUCGUGACCAAAGGCCCGCCAGCUGCAAGCAAGGCAAGAAGGUUAGCUCCGGACAAGCUCGAAGCGGCGAAGCGGGAGUUUCAACUAAUGAUGGAGCUUGGGAUUUGCCGUCGAUCGAGUAGCUGCUGGGCGAGUCCGUUGCACUGCGUUCCCAAAAAGAACGGACAACUCCGAUUCGUAGGGGACUAUCGCCGCCUGAACCACGUCACCGUCCCCGACAAGUAUCCUGUUCCACACAUCCACGACCUCCUGAACUCGUUCCAUGGUAAGUGCAUCUUCACUGCUAUCGAUUUAGAAAGAGCUUACCAUCAGAUCCCGGUGCACGAAGAGGGCGUCGCCAAGACGGCCGUGAUCACCCCGUUUGGCUUAUUUGAGUUUACGAGGAUGCAAUUUGGGCUGUGCAACGCUGGACAAACCUUCCAGAGAUUCAUGCACAAACUAUUCGGAGACCUCGAAUUUGUGGUGAUUUUUAUGGACGACAUUUGUAUCGCUUCGUCGUCCCCCGAGGAGCACCGUAGCCACGUUCGAACUGUGUUUGAACGGCUCCAAGCAAAUGGGCUGGUCAUCAACCUACCGAAAUGUAAGUUCGCCCAGCGUGAGGUCGAGUUUCUCGGCUACGUCAUUGGAAAAGACGGCGUGCGGCCGCUCCCCAGUCGCGUCGAAGCAGUUCUCAACUACCAGCGCCCAAACACCGUUCGGGAGCUGCGAAGGUUCUUGGCACUCGUGAACGGGUACAAACGUUUCGUACGGCAAGCCACGGAUAUGCAAGCAGCGCUACGGGAACUGAUCAGUGGGAACAAGAAGAACGACACAACGCCCGUUGCCUGGAACGAGCAGUUGGAACGGGCAUUCGACGAUUGCAAAACGGCCUUAGCUGAAGCAGCACUCCUCUACUAUCCAGACUCUUCCAAGCCGUUGGGACUGAUGGUGGACGCCUCGAACACGGCCGCCGGAGCAGUGUUACAGCAAUUCUCAGAGGGGUCCUGGCAGCCUCUAGGAUUCUUCUCGGAGAAGUUCAACCACGCUCAACGGAACUACUCAACCUUCGGCCGGGAGUUGCUGGCGAUGAAAAUGGCGGUCAGUCGCCUUGCCCACGAAGACCGUGCCUUACAGUACAUCUCGCAGUUCACGACCGACGUUCGUCACAUAAGCGGCAGAAAGAACGUGGUGGCGGACGCGCUUUCGAGAGUAGAUGCUAUAAACCUGCCAACCCCAAUCAACUACGAAGUCGUUGCUGCCGAUCAGGAGAGCGACGAAGAACUACAGAUGCUGCUCAAAUCGAAAUCCACUUCAAUGCGACUGGAAAAGAAGUUGGUUGGGAAGAGCUCCCGCGCGCUGUAUUGCGACACGUCCCUGAUGAACUCAGUGCGGCCGUACAUACCCAAAACACACCGCCGUGCUAUCCUGGAACAACUGCACGGAAUUUCGCACCUGGGGGUACGGGCUACACAGAAGUUGAUUGCUUCCCGAUUUGUGUGGCCGAGCAUGAAGAAAGAAAUCGCCAAGUUCGUCAAAAGCUGCGUCUCGUGUCAGAGCCGCCAAUUCGAGUCGGAGCUGUUCGGCGAGCUGGCCGCCAUCCUCGGAUCUUCGCACACCCGAACUACCGCUUACCACCCGCAAGCCAAUGGCUUAGUCGAGCGCUUCCACCGUAAACUUAAGGAAGCCCUGAAGUGCGGUGAUCCAGCAACCUGGUGGUUCAGGCUGCCACUGAUACUGCUAGGCCUGCGGACGGCGAUCAAGGAGGACAUGCAGUGUUCACCGGCCGACCUGGUGUACGGCCAAGCGUUGCGAGUUCCGGGAGAAUUUUUCGACGCAGCCCAUAACGACGUGAAUCGUACAGAUUUUGCCAAGGACCUGCACAAAUUUUUCGACGGCAUACGACCAACGAAGACGCAGCAUCACGCCAAGGAAAAAGUUUUCGUCAGCAAGCGCCUCACGGACUGCACGCACGUGUUCGUACGAUUCGACGCUGUCAAGAAACCUCUUCAGAGACCGUAUGAUGGCCCUUACGCCGUGCUGCAGAAACACGACAAGUUUAUGGACGUCGACGUCAAGGGUAAGAGUCAAAGCAUCUCAAUCGACCGUCUGAAACCCGCGUACGUCGCAGACAACACGGACGAAGAAUACCAGCAGACACCAAAAACUCUAGUUACACCAUCCGGUCAUCGUGUGCGAUUCCUGGUGUAA